ACAAGUCGGAGGCUUACGGGAGAAGAGAGGUGGAGAACUUUCACUCUUCCUGUCUUCUACUGCUCACCAUGGAAGCUCCGUCGCAUUUCACCCGGGAGGAGAUCAAUAGCACCGUGUGGGAAGUUCCGGAGAAAUACACCCGACUCAAACAAAUCGGAACCGGAGCCUAUGGAUGCGUAUGUUCAGCUGUCAACCAGAAGAAUAAUGAGAAGGUGGCUAUCAAGAAGCUCCACAGGCCCUUUCAGUCAGAGAUUUUCGCGAAGAGAGCAUACCGGGAGCUCAGACUCCUCAAACACAUGAAGCAUGAAAAUGUGAUUGGACUUCAAAAUGUGUUUACACCUGCCUCAAGCCUCGAUGACUUCCAGGACUUCUACCUGGUGAUGCCGUACAUGUUUACCGACCUGUCAAAGGUCAGAGGUCACCUCUCAGAGGACAAAGUGCAGUUUCUCGUCUAUCAGAUGCUGUGUGGACUCAGGUACAUUCACAAAGCUGGCAUAAUCCACAGGGACCUGAAACCUGGCAAUUUGGCGGUAAACCAGGACUGUGAGCUGAAGAUCCUGGACUUCGGACUGGCUCGGAGCACCGAUGCAGAAAUGACAGGCUACGUGGUGACCCGGUGGUACCGGGCGCCUGAGGUCAUUCUGAACUGGAUGCAUUACACCCAGACUGUGGACAUCUGGUCUGUUGGCUGCAUCAUGGCUGAGAUGAUCAACGGGAAAACCCUAUUUAAAGGAAAAGACUACAUGGACCAGCUGACGCAGAUCAUGAAGGUGACGGGUGUUCCAGGGCCAGAGUUCAUACAGAAGCUGGAUAGUCCAGAGGCCAAAAGUUAUAUAAAGUCACUUCCUCGUUGCCCGAGAAAAGACUUCUCCACAUUGUUUCCUCGAGCCAGUGCUAAAGGCAUCGACCUGCUUGAAAAGAUGUUGGUCCUCGAUGGAGAUGAGAGGCUCACUGCGGAACUGGCUCUUGAGCAUCCAUACUUUGACAGCCUGAGAGAUCCCGACGACUUUCCGGAGCCCACGCCGUACGACGACAGCCAUGACAACGCCACAUUGUCACUGGAGGAGUGGAGACGGUUGUGUUUCAAAGAGGUGAAGAACUUUGUACCGUUCCCACGGAGGGAUUCAAAGAGGAAAAACACUCUCACCAUGUCACCUUGACUCGAUAAGUGUAAUUAUUGAAGCCCAGACUCUCAAGGCAUGCAGCCAAUUGUGCCCUUCUAUAGCUCAGUUGAGAAAUUUUUUUCAACCCCUCUGUUUACAUCUUGUCACACUGGCGUUUUUUUUUUUUUUAACUGUCGCAUCUUAUCAUGAAAGAUAUUUGGUUACACUUGUCUGCCAUGAUUAUCAGGGUUCAAGCUUGUGAAGCAGUUUAAUUCAUAUCAUUUUUCAGCCUGUAAUUGCAUUUUUCAGAAACUUUCUGAUUCGUCGUGGAACUGUUCAGUAGAUAGCAUAGAUUAUUAUUUAAUUUUGUAUUUGUUUUAUCACAGUUACAGGUCCAGGUCAAACUCUAUAAUGGUCAUUUCACCAAAUCAUUUCUUGACAUUUGUUUUGCUAUGUCGAGUGUAAAGCUAUGAGAUUAUAUGUAUGCUGGUUGUUAAAUAAGUUGUGCUGGAUCCAAGGGACAGUUGCGUCAAUAAACUGCCUUACAGUUUACUAAAUAAAAGCAUC